CCCUCAGCCAGCCACGCAGGCCGAUGCGCAUGAUGAUCAGCCGGAGCAGCAUGUGCCUUCAACUCCAUCGAGAAGCAUGGUGCCCCACCAACCGUCAGGCUGCUGAUAUCCUUACCAAGUCUCUUCCAUUUGAGCGCCAUGGUGUGUGCAUGACCUUGCUCGGGAUGCAGCCCCAUGAUGACAGGGUUCCCGCAGCAGAUGCCGGCGUCUUGACACUCGCACGAUUCGAGAAGGACGUGAAGCGAACCGACACCGGGUUCCUGGCGAUAGCAACAGAGGUGGAGAAUGACGGAGAGAAAGCCUCGGAACCUCCAGAAAAAAUCAAGGAAUUACUGAAGGAGUUCCAAGACAUUCUUCCUGACGAUCUUCCGAACGAGCUACCGCCAUACCGAACGCAUCAACACGAGAUCGUGGAGGAACCGGGUUCGAAGCCGACCUUCCGAGCACCAUACCGGCUCAGCCCUACGGAGCUGACCGACAUGAAAAAACAGAUCGAGUAUCUCCUAGCCAAAGGACUCAUCCGACCAUCCACUUCGCCAUACGGUGCCCCAGUACUCUUCACACCGAAACCGGACGGAAGCCUGCGCAUGUGCAUCGACUACCGAGCUCUUAACAAGCAGACCAUCAAGAAUAAAUAUCCGAUACCGCGAAUCGAUGACCUGCUUGACCAGCUUCGGGGAGCUACGGUAUUUUCCAAACUGGAUCUGCGGUCCGGAUACUGGCAGAUACGGAUGGCGGACAACUCUAUCCACAAAACUGCUUUCCGAACUCGGUACGGAUCGUACGAGUAUUUGGUCAUGCCGUUCGGACUCACCAACGCCGGCAACGUUCCAAGCCGAAAUGAACCACAUUCUACGACCACUUUUGGACGAUGCGUGGUGGUGUACCUGGACGACAUACUCAUCUACUCGCGCGACAUGAAGCAGCACGUCGAACACCUGCGACGCGUCUUCGAAAUUCUUCGACGAGAACGAUUCUACGUCAAACUGUCCAAGAGCGAAUUCGCCCUUGAGAAGGUCCAGUUCCUAGGACACUGGAUCAACGAAAAAUCUGGGUACCCAAUUACCCUCCUUUGCGCCAGUUACUACUCGAAGAAUACCACGACGUCCUGUACGCCGGACACUUCGGUAGCAACAAGACGCUCACCGGUAUCGCCAAACACUACUACUGGCCCCACAUGGCAGAACGUCCAGAAAUUCGUCACCUCGUGUGAUACAUGUCAGCGGAUGAAGAGCAGCAAGCAGAAAAAGGCGGGACUACUGCAGCCUCUUCCUGUCCCAGAACACCAUGGCAAGUGGUUAGCCUGGACUUCAUCACCGGUUCUCCAAAAUGGGACACUUCAUCCCGACACACACGACGGCACGCACCGAGGAGACAGCACAACUCUUCGUUCGUCACAUCAUCUCACAGCAUGGCAUUCCAACCACACUCAUUUCCGACCGAGACCCCAAGUUCACCAGCAAGUUCUGGAAGGAACUUAUGUCUCUCUCGGGACCAAACUCGCCAUGUCAUCCGCAUACCAUCCGCAGACAGACGGACAGACCGAGCGCCUCAACCAAAUUGUUGAGCAACUCCUCCGAGCAGCCUGCAAGGACGACAUCUCCAAAUGGGACUUGCACCUGCCCGUCUGGAGUUUGCUUACAACAAUGCCACACAUGCCGCUACUGGACAGACGCCGUUCUUCCUCUGCUACGGACGCCACCCACUCACACCACAGAAACCGACACAUCGCUACACACUUAAAGGAUCUCGAAGCAACUUUCACAGUACUGCAAGAGCAUCGGCUACUCACAAAUGGAUCUAAGUGCGAGUUCUUAAAAGAUCGGUUAGAAUUUUUAGGCCACAUUAUCUCCACUAAAGGCGUCAAAAUAGACCCGCGUAAGAUCGAGACUGUGCAAGCCUGGCUACCGCCUACGAAUCUUCAGGAGCUGCAAAGUUUUUUAGGGUUUGUAAAUUAUAUUCGGAGGUUUAUCCGAAUAUGGCGGGGGUAGCUGCACCGUUUACCGGACCA